UUAUUAUAUAAUACAAUAUAAUGUAAUAUGCAUUAUCAUGUCAUCAGUAGCCAGAGAGUCAGUACGAGAUGAUAAGAGGGAGUGUGACAGACAAUGCAGGGAUGGUAUGAAUCUGGGCACAAAGGAGCACCUGAAGUGUUCAGUCUUGCACCUUGAGUGAUUAUGAUUGAUUAUGUAGCAUUAUAGCAAAUAUCUUUUAUAAGUUAUCAUCUGGCAUGAAGCAGUACUAUUGUUAGAGGCUGAAACGAUGCUGAACAAUUGCAUUGAGCCUAGGAAGGCCUGGUGAUAAAAAAAAAUCAACUUAUUUAGCAUUGAUGGUGUGGCUUAAUUUUCACUCAAUGUCCUGUUCUUUUUGUGGAUGUAGGCUACAUGUUGCUUUAAUCUCUAGCAACAUGCCAUGAGCUAAGGAAGGCUCAGAACAGGGUUCUGCAGCAUAAAAAAACAAGGCUAAAUUUCCAACUUCAUGACAAAGAUAUGUUAUCUGCCUGAUAGAAAUGUUUAACCCAUCAACUGUUUCACACAGCUGAGACUUUCAAAUAUCUACAAGUCUACGCAAUCACUUGGUGUCUAGACUAAAAAGGAUAAGGAUUUGUUUUUUCUUUGGAAAGAUGUAACAUACAUCCCUUUAGCCUGUGUCACAUAACCCGAUGGGCAGUCUACUAAUACACCGGGCUAAUCGGAUUGUGAUGAGCUCCUACAUGUCCUCCAAGGCUCUAUUCACAUGCUCAGUCGUUGUCUGGUCUUAAAGUCUGAGACAGACAUGAAGGAUCCACAUCUUCCAGUUCUCAAAACUAGACUAUGGCCAAAACAGAAAUCAAGCAAAAAGACCAAAGAAGAAGUUCCAAAGGUGGAAGGGAUAGCUAAGCCUCAGGCCUCUACCCCAGUACAGACCAUCCCGCAGCUAAGUGAAGCAGAGAAAAUGAGGCUGUCACCGUUUGAGAAGGUUGUCUACGACAUGGCCCACAACGAGAGGAUUGUCAACGACCUCACGCUUGGCCGAAGGGUUGGCUUCUAUGAGCUGCGUGGGGAGAUCGGGCAGGGGAACUUCUCUACAGUGAGGCUGGGGAUUCAUACUUUAACAAAAGAGAGAGUCGCCAUCAAAGUGGUGGAAAAGCUGCGUAUUGAUAACAGGAAACAGCCACUGACUUCCUCAGAGAUCAGCUGCAUGGAGAAACUUAGCCACCCCAACAUAGUACGACUGUACGAGGUGUUUGAGACCACCAGAAGGCUCUAUCUGAUGAUGGAGUAUGGCAGUGGGGGAGACCUGUUCUCCCGAAUCACCACCAGGGGGAGACUCAACAACCUGGAAACCAAGAUGGUCUUUGCACAAAUCAUAGCUGCUGUUAAACACAUGCAUGACAGAAACAUCGUUCACAGAGACCUAAAGGCGGAGAAUGUCUUCUACACCACCAGCUACUGCAUCAAGGUUGGAGACUUUGGCUUCAGCACAGAGUGUGGCCCUACUGAGCUCCUCACCAGCUUCUGUGGCUCGCCCCCCUAUGCUGCUCCUGAACUGUUUAAAGAUAAAGGUUUUGUUGGAUACCAUUCGGACACCUGGGCUUUAGGUAUUCUCUUGUACUUCAUGGUGACAGCAACCAUGCCCUUUUUUGCGGACACCCUGGGCAGGCUGAAGCGCUGCAUCCUUCAGGGGGCCUACAGUAUUCCUACUUAUGUGCCUGACCCCUGUCAGCUGGUCAUUAAAGGCAUGCUGCGGUCUGUGCCUGUUGAUCGCUCCUCUCUCUCACAGAUCAUAAACAGCCCAUGGCUGCAGGGGAUUGAAUACCCUAGUCCAUACAUCUCUCUGCCCCUGUCCCCGGCCCACUUUGCUAUGGACAAACAGGAACUAUCAGUGGAGGAGCAGGAGGUGAAGACUUUACUCUCAGAGUUAGGUAUUAUGGUGGUUCACUUACAAAACAACCCCUGCAUAGACUGUAGGAGCCCGCUGACCGGGACCUAUCGGAUCCUCCUCCAUCGGGUCCAGAAGAAGAGGACCACAGAGGCUGUAAGUUAUUCAUCCCUCCACCCUGAUGAGUAUGAGAGUACAGGGAAGUGGUCUGUGGCAUCUAUGGACAAACACACUCCUUCAGCUGUGUGUGCUAUACUCUAAUGGGAAAUAGCUGGACUCGACUGACUCUUCUCAGCCACUAAAUCAAACACACAUGUGACCGUUUUAUCCCUUACACCCCCUCAAUCACUUAAAGCUUAAGUCUGUGAGGUGUUAGGAUGGAUGCUGACUAUACAAGCUCUGUUGUGUAACACUGGACCAAAGCGUCUACCUAUGUAGGUUGAGGAUUGGGUUGGAAUACAUGCCCCACUUUAUAAGUCCAUUAUAGCUCACGGAGCGAGGCUGUACACAUCUUAAGUCAUUAACUCUGCUCUGAUUACCUUCCCAACUGCCAGCUUAAUGAUGCGUGACACAUAUCAAUCUCUGUAUGGCUGUUAGCAUCUUGCAAUCCCUUUUAGACAGCUCAUGUCUCUACUGAACUAAUCCAGAGCAAUUAACCCCAACAAGACACAAAUAACAUGCUCCUUCCAACAGAAACAGAAGCAGAGACAUUGGAAAAAUAAAAAUGUCGGAGGAAAAUUGAAAUCAGAUGUAAAGCAAAAAAAGAGCUUCACGAGUCCAGAAUAAUAGAAAAAAACAGAAACAGUGAUCUUGUCGAACUGGUCUUUGGAUGCCUUAAUUUCAUGUGGAUAAUUAUGUAAUUUCUUUGCAAACUUCAUGCAUGUUUAUGGAUUUCAGGAAGUUUUUGGACUUCUUUGCACAAUUUGGAUGUCAUUGUUGUUGAUAUCUAUUUUGAGUGUUAUGUUUGCUCAUGUUUGAAAGCAACACUUGGUACUUUGGUAAUGGAUACUGGUGUGGACUGAACCAACAAGCUGAAUAAAAAUGUUUA